CAUUUCUCAAAUUAGGUUUGGUUGGAAAAUUGAGAAAGAGAAACGCCUCACCAAGUAUCUUUCUCACCUACUAACGGAGAAAAUCGUACCGUCAACAACAAAUUUGACCGACAGGCUACAGGUAGGAUCGCCGGCUGAAGCCAACCAAUCGCGUGAUCUCUAAAAAUUCUCUUCCGUCCGCCGUCUCUUGGAGAUCCAACAUCGCCGCCAUCCAUUCCCACUUCCUGCUUCUGCUGCUCAGCCCUCGGCUUUGGUUGAUCCCCAAAAUUCUCCAACUGCCAUCAAUAAAGUCGUCGGCUUUGCGUAAUUCCGCCGUCGAUCCGGCAACUUUAAUCGGAACCCAGGUGAGUAAUCUCUGGGCAGCCGCAUGGAGGCGAGCCCACCAACCUCGGCGGCCGCCGGAGGAGGAGGGCCUGCCCCUUUCCUGAUGAAGACGUACGACAUGGUGGAUGACUCUUCCACCGACGACAUCGUCUCGUGGAGCCCGGCCAACAACAGCUUUGUGGUCUGGGAUCCUCCAGAAUUCGCGCGGCGCCUCCUUCCUACCUACUUCAAGCACAACAAUUUCUCCAGUUUCAUCCGCCAAUUGAACACUUACGGAUUCAGGAAGAUUGAUCCUGAGAAAUGGGAGUUCGCGAAUGAAGAGUUUAUCAAAGAUCAGAAGCAUCUUCUGAAAAAUAUCCACAGACGGAAGCCAAUCCACAGCCACAGUCAUCCUCAAGGUGGUUCUUUGGAUCCCGAAAGAGCAGCAUUUGAUGAAGAGAUCGAGAGGCUCUCCCACGAGAAGGCUCAGCUUCAGGCUAGUCUUGUAGGGUAUGAGAAGCAGAGGUCGACUGAAAAAGCUCAGUUGGAAGAUCUCACGCAGCGAGUGGGUACCCUUUCGCAGAGGCAAGACAGUUUGUUAUCCUUCUUAGAGAAAGCUGUUCAGAAUCCUUCCUUCGUUAGGAUUCUCACCGAGAAGAUUGAAGCGAUGGAUGUAUCUGCUUACAGCAAGAAGAGACGCUUACCUGAAGCUGUUCAAUCAAGGCCAGCUGUUGACAGUGCGUUUGAUUCUAGUUCUAAACCAGAAUCUGGAAAUGCCAUCAAUCACCAAGAUUUCUCCAAUAAGUUGAGGUUAGAGUUAUCUCCUGCUGUCUCAGAUAUUAAUUUCAUCUCUCACAGCACUCAGAGCUCAAAUGAAGAGGGGGCUAGUGCACAAGGAAAAUUUAACGAACUAGAGCCGCCCAAAGAUGGACCAUUGAGGACACCUGGUUUGCUAUUUUCGGCACCAGAAACCUUAGACCUUUCAGAUACCGGAACUUCGUGUAUGUUUGUGGUUGAUUCAGCUUUCCCUAGGAAAGUUCCACCGAGUUUGAGUAGUUAUGAUGAAGCUGAUGGUCAUAUAUCAUGCCACUUGAAUCUCUCUCUGGCAUCCUGUUCUUUACAAGUAGAGAGUAACCAUUCAUCUAAAACGGCUCAAGUAGGUCAUCUGGAAGUCAGAACAUCUCCAGAGUUGAGGUUUAAUAGUGUCAAGGAUAAAGAACCGGACAUGAGGUCUUUACCAAGAGAUCGAAGUAUGAGUAUUGAUGAGAAACCAAACAUCGCGUCUGCUGCUCCAGGUCGUGUGAAUGAUGUGUUCUGGGAACAGUUCUUGACUGAAAGACCAGGUUCUUCUGACAAUGAGGAGGCUAGCUCUCAUUAUAGGGCUAACCCGUAUGAUGAGCAGCAGGAAGACCGAAGGUCAGGACAUGGAUUGUCAACAAACAACAGGAGCAUGGGGCAGCUGUCUCUUUGAACACUCGCUGUAGAGGCUGUUUCAGGUCUGCGGACUUGUCUCCUUGUGUGCAACCAUGAUUAAGUUCUGAAAUCCGAGAUUGGAGAUAGGAACAUUACGAGUUAACAUGAGGCUCGGUUUCUUUCAUCUGAAUCUUUUCAAGUGCCUCUCAUGCUAUUUAACACUGGGAAAACGGUGGUGUUGCUGUUAUCCUUGGAAUGGUUAACGUGAGACAUCAUAUCCUAAUGGAUCAGGAAUAUUAGUCAGUCAGCCUUUCUGGUUUUCCUUGCUUCAUUAGGAUUUAUCAGUGUUGAAACGUGCUGCUCAGCCUCCUGCAUCCUUGAGAUUUUCAUCAGUACGUCCUCUUCCUCUUUGACUGCGCUCUACAGAGAGAGUUAAUACGAGAAGUCAAUGUCCCAUUGCUGCUGAAUAAAAGAUAUCCUCGAAGAAGUCCCUCUCACUUGCACAUUCCCUUAAACUUGACAUGAAUUUAUCUUGUUUAAUAUGCUUGCUACUGGAAAUUGUGGCAUCCCCAGUCUGCAGAGUCUGCAAGUUGAUUAUUGUACUGUACAAGUCUCUGCUGCUGGUCUUGAUCUGUAGUAUUCUGUUGUCCAGUUUGAGUUGCAAUUAGAGAGUCGGUAGAAGAUCCAACCAUUGAUGUUGUAUGUACUAAAGGAAUUGCUCGAUGUAUCCGAGUAAAUUUUCAACGUUCUGUCUUGGAAUAAUGGCAUUAACAUUAUAAAGUUUAUCUUUUGCAUAUUUGUUUCCUUCCUUUUUAGAUUACGAUUGGAAGAGUACUGCUCCAGUGUUGACUUCACUGACUUUCACCAUUUAAC